AUGAACACACAAGACAAGCACCAAGGUCAAAAACACAACCAACAAACUUCUCUCAACCCAUAUCUAACUUCCACCAAAGAACAGACAUGGCCAACCUUUUGGAGAAAGAAUCUCCAAGGAAACACAAUAUCAAAUGGACUCAAAUCACACCAGAACAAGGAGCGUAGGCUCCCUACAAACUCAAGACACCUCCUCUGCUAA